UGGUCACUUUGUGUUGGCUUGUAUGCUGAGCGUGGGUAUAGUGCACUUUCAGUGUUUUUAGGUUUCUCAAAUACUUUCUUCAGAAAAAUGCGUGAGUGCAUAUCAAUCCAUGUAGGUCAAGCAGGUGUCCAGAUUGGCAAUGCCUGCUGGGAACUCUACUGUCUUGAGCAUGGCAUCCAGCCAGAUGGCCAGAUGCCCAGCGACAAAACCAUUGGAGGUGGAGAUGAUUCCUUCAACACUUUCUUCAGUGAGACUGGAGCUGGAAAGCACGUUCCCAGGGCUGUGUUUGUCGAUCUGGAGCCCACGGUCAUAGAUGAGGUUCGCACUGGAACAUACCGCCAACUGUUCCAUCCUGAGCAGCUCAUCACAGGGAAGGAGGAUGCUGCAAAUAACUAUGCUCGCGGUCACUACACUAUUGGCAAGGAAAUUAUCGAUCUGGUGUUGGACAGGAUUCGUAAACUGGUGAGUAUUGGAACUGUAACUUGUAAUAUAAAUUACAAACAUAAAUCAUACACAUUCAUAUUAUCUUUACAGGCUGACCAGUGCACAGGUCUCCAGGGUUUCCUGGUCUUCCACAGCUUUGGUGGUGGAACUGGUUCUGGUUUCACCUCCCUGCUGAUGGAACGCCUGUCUGUUGACUAUGGUAAGAAGUCCAAGCUGGAAUUCUCCAUCUACCCAGCUCCCCAGGUGUCGACUGCUGUGGUGGAGCCCUACAACUCCAUCCUGACCACCCACACUACCCUAGAGCACUCUGACUGUGCCUUCAUGGUGGACAAUGAAGCCAUCUAUGACAUUUGCCGUAGGAACCUCGAUAUUGAGCGUCCUACUUACACUAACCUGAAUAGGCUGAUUAGUCAAAUUGUGUCCUCCAUCACUGCCUCUCUGCGUUUUGAUGGUGCCCUCAAUGUCGAUCUCACCGAAUUCCAGACCAACUUGGUGCCCUAUCCCCGUAUUCAUUUCCCACUGGCCACCUAUGCUCCAGUGAUCUCUGCAGAGAAGGCUUACCAUGAGCAGCUCUCUGUGGCUGAAAUCACAAAUGCCUGCUUUGAGCCGGCCAAUCAGAUGGUGAAAUGUGACCCACGUCAUGGCAAGUACAUGGCCUGCUGCCUGCUCUACCGUGGUGAUGUGGUGCCUAAAGAUGUGAAUGCUGCUAUUGCGACCAUCAAGACCAAGCGUACCAUCCAGUUUGUGGACUGGUGCCCCACUGGGUUCAAGGUAGGCAUCAACUACCAGCCCCCCACUGUGGUUCCAGGUGGAGACCUGGCCAAGGUGCAGAGGGCUGUGUGCAUGCUGAGCAACACCACAGCAAUUGCUGAGGCCUGGGCUCGUCUUGAUCACAAAUUUGAUCUUAUGUAUGCCAAACGUGCAUUUGUGCACUGGUAUGUUGGUGAAGGUAUGGAGGAGGGUGAGUUCUCUGAGGCCAGAGAGGACAUGGCUGCCCUGGAGAAGGAUUAUGAGGAGGUUGGUGUUGAUUCCAUUGAGGGUGAGGGAGAGGAAGAGGGAGAGGAGUACUAGUGUGGGAACAAAAUUGGAAAUUAAAACAUGUAGCCAGUAUGUACACAUGAUAUUCCUUAAGUGUCAAGUGUAAACUCCUACUUCUGAAUGUGUACUGUUACUGUCUUGGCCAGUAAAAUUGUCUGUGGCAAUUUGUCAAUGUGACUGAAUAAAGUUAUAACUCCUUUUUGA